AUGGCGGACCAACAGCAGAACCCGCAGGAGUCUGAGCUUCUACUCACAAGUGCUGGCUAUGUUAGCACUUUCCCGGCUCCCGGCCUUCGCCGCACUGUCCGACACAUCACCGGCCACAAUGCUGAGGGCAAAGGCGUCUUCAUCCAGACUGAUUGCGGUGAUCACCACCGUAUCAUUGGCAAUGAGCAGGCUCUUGCCAACAUCAUCUACUCAACCAAAGAGACUCCUGUCGAAAUGAACGGUGAUGUUGACCUCAAGUAUGCUAAAGAGAAUGAACCUCCUUUGCACAUUCACAACGGCUCUGUAUGCCGCAUGAUUGACUUUGCUCCGAAUGUUAUUUCUCCCAUGCACCGCGCUGUCUCACUGGACUAUGGCAUCGUUAUUGAGGGCGAAUUCAAAUUGAUCCUAGACUCGGGUGAGUCGCGAAUCAUGCGUCAAGGUGAUGUAAGCGUCCAGCGUGCCAGUGCUCAUCAGUGGCAUAACAUCACUGGUAACGGUACUUUGCCCGGCCGCAUGAUGUGGGUGUUGCUCGACUGCAAGCCCAUUGUGAUCAAUGAUAUUGACUUCAUGGAAUGCUCUCAAUAA